GAGACGGGGCGAGGCGAGGCGGGGCGGGCACCGCGGGCUCGGUGCAGCCGGGAUGGGACCCGCGCCUUGCGAUGGGAUGAGAGAAGUGUCCUGCACUGCAAAUGGCCUCCUGUUUGACAUUUAUUGCUUGCUAGUCUGGAGUCAGCUUUGGUGGAUGAGGAAGAUUGGUGACUCUAAGAUGUUUGAGAGAAUCAAACGGCCUGAUGAAGCUUCUGCUUCUUCAGCACAAGGAAUCCAAAGACAUGGUGUUGAGGGCUCUCCACGACAGGACAGCAGCAGCAGUUUACACAGAAGAGGACAAGAACAUCCUCAGCCUGGAGCAUCCACUGUGCAAAAUAGACAAGGAUACUGCAACUGUUGCCACGUACACUACAGUAAUCUGGAACAGCAUAUUUUCAGCUCCCAGCACAGACAUUUUACAACAUACUGUAGGAAUCGUAUGGGUACCAGUAGCUUGAUGGAGCGUUUCCUUCAGGAUGUUUUGCAGCAUCAUCCCCACAGAUACCAUGACAGCAGACCAACCUAUGAUGAUAUGCCAUUCCCUGUCACUCUGGAGGCUCCUAGGAUUUCUUGCCUAUCCUCAGAAGAGAUGCAGAAAAAGAGGAAUAGUGAGAAACAGGAGAUUUCCAGCAAAGACCAGGAGUUCAUUAGUGAAAUAGGCUCUUCUGUUCCAUGCCUGUCUCGUGAGGGCACAAAGAAAACUUUUGUUACACAAGCAGGUUUUCAAAAACUUCAAAGAGGCCGGGAACAUGUUCCAGGAAUAUCUCAGCAGUCUAUUGGCAUUUGUAGUGAUAAGAAAUGGGUAAAUCUGAAAUAUGCUCGAAUUGCAGAUCAUAGCCAUGAAGCCAGCACCUGGAAGAAGGAAGGAGGAAAAAAGGAGGUCAUAGACAAUGCAGUUGAAGUGCUAGAGUUCCAGAAAGCGCCAAGCCAGUCUAAUGUGAAAUAAAUACACGUGUAAACUCAGCUCUUGCUCCUGGAAUAUGGGGACACAAUGUAUUGCACUGUUCUACUGUGUAAAGCUGCAAAAGUUGUGUAUUUGAUUUAAAAGCACUUAUAAUCAUAUUUACUAGUCUUCACCUGUAUAUCAGCAAAAUGACCUUGAAUGGUAUCAUAUUGUUAUUAUGGUAUUAUCAGUGCAUAACAGUGCACUAUAAUAAGGUAAUUUAGAAGCUGUGUUAAUUAAUUGUGCCUAUUUUAAUUUUUUUACAUAAUUCUAAAGUGCAGAAGAUGACUCAGUUGCUAUGCUAGAAAUUUAAUGAAGAUACAUCAGUCAGGGCUGAAUUCUGUGUAUGUAUUUUGUGUUUGUAUAUAUGUGCACCUUCUUCAACACAUAAUAUAUACUUGCCUGUGGAAUGGCAUUAAAAUUAAUACAGUAUGGUACAAUUCAGAUCAAUUCAAUGCUUUCUUGAAAUGAAAUAUAAUUUUACACAUUUUUGUAUUGAUUUCUUUGUUCCUGAAACCAAGUCCAAACCUUUUAUUUUUUUUGGACUGAAAGUCACUGUGGGCUCUCAUCAAGCAAUAACGGACCAUGCUGGUAAGAAAAUAUGUCUCCUUAGGGGACUGUUCGAAUGGUAGUAGCUGAAAUGAAAUCUUGAAUUCUAAAAGAAAUAUAGGGUUAUGUUUGGAGACUUUUUUUGUUUGUUUUUAAUAGCUUGUUGAUUAAAAUUGUAGGUGAAUUUCACAUUCCUUAGUGGGAAGGAUGGAAAAAUUAUAAUGCAAACAAAUAGCAGUAAGUUGUUUUAGAAUGUGAGCCUUGAGUUUGGGGUUCUAUGCUUUUCUGGCUUUAUUUGGGGUAGUGUUGGUUAAAUUUUUAUGGACUAGAGUUCAAACAUUUUUUCUAAGUUUUCAGUAAAAUAUUUAAAUAAACCUAACACAGCAUCCAUCUAAAUGUAUUAGAGUUAAAAUAUUUGGUUAAAAAACCUGGUUGAAUUAAAAUUAUAUUCCACAGAGAUUCAAGUUUGGCCACUGAUGUUCCAUCUACUAUGGUUUUAUGGCAAAAAAACCCCAAACCUAUGGUGGUUUAGCUUAGUUUUCUUUCUUUUUUUAAUAAUUGUUAUGAUGACAGUUUAUUUGAUGUGGUUAGGAGACAUAAAGCCAGUCUUACGGAUGUUUCUGUGGUUUAAAACCCAAGAUUAAUGGUUCAUUUACAGUAAAUUAAGCACACAGUUAAACAUCAUCAUAAUCCAGGCUCUGGUUUUCAAAUCUUCAAUGUGAUACAUUAUAUAAUCUAUUUUACCUUGAAGGUCUUAAUAAAUUCUCUAGUGGUACAAUACAUUUUUCAGAACACAAGAAAAACGUGGAAAACACCAGACCCUGCUGUCUCUGGCAUUGAACAUAUCUGUGCAUUUUCCCCUCAGAAAACAAACUGUUCUUGAUUCUUCAUUCACUUCUUUCUGAAGUGUCAAGGGUCACAGAUUUGGACUGAGAUAAAGGUGGACUUGGUAAUGGUUUCUUAUAAUAUACAGUAUCUGAAGGAAAUAUAAAAGCUGUCAUCAUAAACCACAUGUUCAGAGAAUAUUUUGAGGAUGGUUUUAAUGUAUAUGCGUAUUUCUUAAGAUAAAUAAAAGAUGUGCAUGUGUCAGCUGGAAAGUAUGUUCCUUUACAAGUCAGAUAUGGUCUGACAGAUGUUUUAUUUGUUUUGUUUUAAUUUAUUUUAUUUUCAUAUAAAAGUUGAUUUCUUUGGAUGGCUUUUCCUAUGGUUGUCAGUAGACACAGAAUCUUAUGACUGUAUUGCAAGUCACUGGAAAAUGAAGGGCUAUAAUACAAAUUUUUAUAGCCUUCAACUAAUUGUGCCUGUAUAAUUUAAUAUUUUGUCUAAUAUAAAACUGAUGUUUUUAAAGCAAAGUUUUAAAGGAAUGGUUUUUAUAGAAAGGCUAAUUUUUAGAUAAAGCAAAAGAAGAUUUUUAAAUAAAGUUUGUUUAAAGCAAAGCUUUAACUAUAGAUAAGUCCCAUUCUAACAUAUUUUUAUGAUACAAGAAUGUUUUCCUAUCUAACUUCUUCCAUCUUAUUUUUCACAGUAUUUCACAUGUGAGGGGCAUGAAUUAUUUUCUGUGUGAAUAAGUUUUAAUGCACAUUGUACUUUAAGAGCACUAGUGUGUAUUUGUUUAGAGUCAAAAUACUGUUCUCCAUACUCAUUCAUUGUACAUUUGUCUUAUUCCAGUGCACAACUUCCCCUUGAAAUCUUGAGUAAUAAAGAUAUGUUGAGGACUAUAAAAUUA